UGGUGAAUAUGACAUGACGGGCAGACGCGGCAAUCAAGUUCUCCUCGGCUCGAGUGGUUUUCAGCGCGGGACUUGACCGUAGCCGGCAGGCUGUUAGCCGUUAGCCAGACAGUCAGCUCACUUCUGUAGCUAUGAAGAUGGGAAGCCUGCAGAUCACGGCCACGCUCCAGCCACCCAUGCUGUGCCUAGAUGAGUGUGUUGCUGCUGAUUCCUUGGAGGUGGACAUCGGUGACCUUUGUAUGGCCCCAGCACCACCAGCACCAUCUCUGGGAAUUGGAGACCAUGCAGUGAAACUGAAGGUUCUCAAGGCUCUCAAGACCAAAUGCAAUUCGUCACGGGUCAGCUGGGGAUGCACCACCUUUCACUCUGCACCAGAAGCGAAGUGGGAUUCAGGCGCAGACUCGGACGAUUCCAUUGGACAACGCAGUACCUCAGCAAGCUCAGACUCAGACUCUGACGAUUUGAUGCGUUGUCAACCUGUGAGGCUUGUGGCUCAAAGAAUUGAACGGAGGAAGCGAAGAGAGACUCGGGUCCAGAAGUUCCUGCAGAUCAAUGGCUUGACAGAUGUAAACGAUGUGUCACAAUGCCCGGAGAAGUUGUCUCCGAUUCACAUUGCAGCUAAGUGCGGAGACCACGGGAUGAUUCGUUUGCUGCUAACAGCCAAUGCAGAUCCAGCUGCGAAAACAGCCAAAGGCCGUAGUGCUUUAGACUUCGCAAGGGAAUUGCCCAAGUGCGAGACCAAGUUGCACGUCGUUGAGCUGUUGCACAGCCGGGAGAAGACCGUUGCCAUGCGAGACUUCCGUAAAAUGGUCGCCUGAGAGCAUGGCCUAAUAGCCGAUGGUCGUUUUUUUGAUAUGAGUGGCGACUGGCCACAAGCCGGACAGCAUCAAUCUCCGUAUUGAAUGCAGCAUGUCUUCCAAAAUGUUUGAAUACCGAAUCCACCUUUUGAACUGCGCUUUUUGCUUGCCAGUCAAAGGUAAUCAAAGCCCAGCUCCCUCCCAUUUUUUGAAGGAGCUUUCCAUGUGGCUGGGAAUUUUUAAGGCAAUCACUGAUAUCACUGGUCUCAAUCAAUUUUGGUCUGAAGACUGUUGAAAUGUGUUGAAUUCAUUGCAUCUGCAGCGGGUCGCAUCCACGCCUCGGAGCCAUUCUUUAUUUUUCCCAUGUAUUCUACAGCCGCUUGAAUUGGAGGCUGGUACCCGGAGAAUA